GCGGCAGUGAAGACGAGUACGGCCACAACUCACGUCAGCCGCUCUCCGCCGUCUUCCGCGCGAAACAGUCCGCACACGCCACUGUCGUUUGUCGCACGCACUUUUACCAUCUCGUCAAGUCUGUCAGCCCGCACGCCGCGAGCGCACAAUAUUACACCCGAACCACCGGCGUAGAGAGGGGCAACUUUUUAUGGGAACCCGGUCCCACAUAUAUAGUACGGUACUCGUAUGCAGUCGCCACGUAAAGAUGCGACGGAUCGACUGAAAAUACGACAUCAAUAAAUGUUCCAGUAUUUUUCAUAAAGAAGUUGCAAAUAACACUCGAGAAAUUCACAUUCACAACUCGGAUGUGCGUACUGAAUCGAUGCACGACAUUCGGAUGACGGAUCGACCGGCCGGAGGCGUAUAAGAAACGCGUCGCCGAGAGACAGAUUCGUCGUCGGAAUGAUUGGCGAAACGGUCGUGGCGGUGAACGGGUGCGUAGAAAAAACGACUGGAAAUCGGCGGCGGCAGUAGAAGAAAAAACCGCGGUGCCAGGUUCGGAGACGACGGUCGCCUAGUAUAGAAUUGCGGAAAGGAAGAGAGAGAGAAGAAAUUUUCGUCGUCUACCGUCGCGUUAGGAUCUGUACGAAGAAAACCAAAGAGGCAGAAAAAAACGGUCGGCGGCUGACCGGCCGAAAUGGCCAACGGCAGCGGCGGUGGCGGGUUCGAGGCACUUCAAAACGUCGCCCCCAACGUGUUUCCGCCCAUAUACAUAUCGCCCGGACACGGGUCGAACGGCACGAACGCCGUUAACUAUAGUGAAGCCAUCGAACGAGAAUACGUCGAGGACUACGUGUUUCAGUCCGCUUUCUCGUUCGUCUAUCUGCUCAUAUUCACGUUGGGCGUGUUCGGAAACGUGCUCGUCGUGUACGUCGUGUGGGCCAACAAGCACAUGCGCACAGUCACCAACAUAUUCAUCGUCAACCUGGCCGUAUCCGACAUCAUGCUCUGCGGGCUGGCCGUGCCAUUUACACCACUCUACACCUUCACCGGCCAUUGGAUGUUUGGUGAGAUAUUCUGUCACAUAGUUCCAUACGCCCAGGGCACCAGCGUGUACACUUCCACGUUGACGCUGACGUCUAUCGCCAUCGAUCGGUUCUUCGUCAUCAUAUAUCCGUUCCAACCAAGGAUGACCAUAUGGACCACAGCACAAAUAAUCGCCACCAUAUGGAUAUUCUCUUUGGUAGCCACACUACCAUACGGCAUUUAUAUGGCCAACAAGGAGAUAUAUGGGAAAGAUUUUUGCGAAGAGACGUGGCCGCAAGAGACAUUUAGAAAGAUUUUCGGUGCUAUUACUGCCAUCUUACAGUUUGUUCUGCCAUUCCUAAUCAUAGCGUUUUGCUAUGUCCGAGUUUGGUUAAAACUUAACGACCGGGCCAGAUGCAAGCCAGGUACGUCAACGAAGAAUGCAAGGCGGGAAGAAGUGGAGCGUGAAAGAAAAAGCCGGACCAACAGGAUGUUGAUAGCCAUGGUGACUAUAUUCGGCGUGUCUUGGCUACCGCUGACCGCCAUCAAUCUGCUAAACGAUUUCUACCUGCAGACGGCCACGUGGAAACACUACUACCUAUUUUUCUUCUCCGCUCAUGCCGUUGCCAUGAGCUCCACUUGCUACAAUCCAUUCCUAUACGCUUGGCUGAACGAGAACUUUCGGAAAGAGUUCAAACAGGUGUUGCCUUGCUGGCGCAACGGUUCCGGAUACGGUGCAACCGGUGCUGACCUGGGACAGGGGCGCCGAGGCCGCGUCGGUGGUUACCGGUCCGAGCGGACGUGCAACGGCAACGACACGUGCCAGGAAACGCUGUUGCCAACGUCCAUUGUGCUGCCGUCCGGCCGAACCACCGCCACUACAGAUUGCACCGGACUCGAUCUCGUGGAUGGAUUAAUGAUGGGCGAUCAAGAGGACAAUCAGGAUGCAGUUGAAGUGAUGUUGGUCGCGUACACACGUGAGGACGGUAUUUCUGGUCGUUCUGGUAAUGUACAGCAGAACUCCAUUAAAACUCAAGUAUAAAUAUCUCAAUGAACAUAUAUCAAGACUCUAAUGAAGGUUCAAUACGAUUGCAAUUUCCGCCACAAACUACUUUACGCCUAGCCCAAAAAUAUAAGACUAAUAGUUGCCUAAGAAACAUUAUAUAGAUGUAAUUAAAAUGUUAAUACUAAAUUUAUUAUUCAUUAUUCUUAUUAAUUAUUGUAAUAAGUAUAGCGUUUGAAACUAUUAACUGUUCGUGUGUUAUGUAUAAAUGGAAAUAUAUUUCUAAUAAAACCUAUUUCUGCCAAUUUAUAAUACUGUUGUGUAUACAUAUAUAUAUAUAUUACUAUUAUUCUUCAUACCUAAUAAUGUGUUUGGUAAAUUAAAAUGUUAAUAACUUUACUAUAGUUAUGUGCUUUUAAAAUAUUCAUAGUUUUAGAAUUAAGAUCUAACAUUGUUCAAAUGUAUUUGUAAAAAUAUAAUGUAUAAUAUUACAAUAAUAUUAUAUUCCUAUAGUGUAAUAAGAUAAAAAAAAAUUAAAUUGUAACUAUAAUAUGUUUAAACUUAAGAAUAAUUAUAAGUAAAAAAUUAAUUGUUGUAGUAUAAUGUGAUUGAACUUUUGUUUUAUAUUUAAUAAUUUUUGUUACCUAAUAUGUUUGUGCCAUGCAAUUCAUGUAUUGAGCCCACAUGUUUUGUGUCGUACAAACUAUUGUUGAUUAGUAUAAUUUAUAUUUAUCCUCCGCCUUUUUUUUUUCAAGCACGGCAAUGUAACCAUGUUUUUUUUUAUAUAAACAAAAUAAAAUGUUGUUUUAAAUUCACCAAA